AUGGCUGCGGCGGCGGCGGCUGCGAGUGCUGCCGCCGCCUGCGGCUCCCCCAAAAGCCGGCCGCCCAAGGAGCAGCCGGAGCUGGACUUGCCGCCGCCGCCGGCCCCGGCCGCGAGGAAGCGGGGCGGCGACUCGCGGCGGCGGCAGGCCGCCCUUUUCUUCCUCAACAACAUCUCCCUGGACGGGCGGCCGCCCUGCCUGGCCCCGGGCAAGCCGCAGCACUUGCACCAGCAGCCGCCUCUGCCGCGGCCGUCGUCGUCCGCGUCCUCGGCGCCGGGCGAGCCGCUGCUGCCGCGGCCGGAGGAGGAUGCCGCCGCGGAGCUGGCCCUGGCGGCGGCGGAUCCCGCCCCCCGCCUCCUGCUGGCCGCCAACGGGCCGCCGCCGGGGCUGCUCCUGCCCCCCGUGGCCGCCCCCGAGCUGGACCCUUCCCGGGGGCUGGGCGCCGCGGCCGCCCUCCUGCCGCAGCUCCUGCUGGGCAGCCCGCUCUGCCCGGUGCCCGCCGCGCCGGUGGCGCCCGCAGCCGCCCUGGCGGGGGUGCUGGUGGGGGCCGCCAAGCCUGGCAUCGCCCCGCAGGGGCUGCUCAGCCCCACGCAGAGCAUCGCCGCCGGAGGAGCGUUCCCGCUGGAGGUCCAGAGGCAAAGAACCAAGCACAUAUCUGGAUCUCCAAGACACAAGGGCUUGAAGAAGAUACACUUCAUCAAGAACAUGCGGCAGUAUGAUACCAGGAAUAGCAGGAUAGUAUUAAUUUGUGCUAAACGAACUUUGUGUGUGGCUUUUUCUGUCCUGCCCUACGGGGAGAGCCUGCGGAUUAGUGAACUGAGAAUAGAGGGGCAGAAACAAAGACAUCCUUCUGGAGGAAUUUCAGUCUCUUCUGAGAUGGUGCUAGGGAUGGAAGGGGUCGAGCUGGGAGCAGAUGGCAAGGUUGUGUCUUAUGCAAAGUUCUUGUAUCCAACCAAUGCCCUCGUUGGCCGCAAAAAUGAUGCCCAUGGUGCAGUUCCUGUUUGUCGAGCCACCGUCCCAAGGAGCGCUGGUGGGUCAAGGUAUAAACCUGCAGCAGCCAAAACGAUACCUUCCACCACAGACAUGGGGAAUGAAGUCGGUGAGCUGGUGGAGUACAAUCCAAAUCUCCUUGACGACCCUCAAUGGCCCUGCGGGAAGCACAAGCGCGUCCUCAUCUUCGCAUCGUACAUGACCACAGUAAUAGAGUAUGUGAAACCCUCAGACCUUAAAAAAGAUAUGAAUGAAACAUUUAAAGACAAAUUUCCUCACAUCAAGCUGACGCUGAGCAAAAUCAGAAGCUUAAAGAGAGAGAUGCGGAACCUGAGUAUCGAGUGCAGCCUGGAGCCGGUAACGGUAUCCAUGGCUUAUGUUUACUUUGAGAAGCUUGUUCUUCAAGGCAAACUCAAUAAACAGAACCGCAAACUGUGUGCUGGUGCUUGUGUGCUACUCGCAGCCAAGAUUAGUAGUGAUCUCAGGAAACAUGAAGUCAAACACCUUAUUGAUAAGUUAGAAGAGAGAUUCAGAUUCAACAGACGAGAUCUCAUUGCAUUCGAGUUUACUGUACUUGUGGCUUUGGAACUUGCCCUCUACCUUCCUGACAACCAAGUGUUACCUCACUUCCGGCGCCUCACACAGCAGUCCUAGCCAAAACCACAUUCGAACAAAGUGCCAGUACUUAGAAGCUGAAUUUUGGUGUUGGCCACUGGCCUUUCCUGUGGCACAAUACUGAACAAUGUUCCGAAUAUACCUGAUGUGAAGACUGCAGUGGGAUUUUAUGGAACUACCAAGACAGGGUGGACAGGACUGAUUCCCUGUGUGAGAAGUGGCAGAAGUGAGAUGUUGAGCUUUGGACAUUGAAGCACAAACAAUUUGCAACCAGUUGCCAGGAGAGCUGCUGGUCAUAUUUAUCUUUUUUUCCAGUUUUUUUAAACUUUGAAAUGAUAUGCUCUUCCCUUCAGGCACUGCUACUUUGUCAUUUCCUUAAGUUUUUUAGCAUUCUCCCCCCCCCCCACACACACACACACACCAUCACCACACUUCCUCGAAUCUAAAAGACCAUCACUUCCAUUCCAAUAUGUGAUAUACUUCAAAGAGUAUUACAAAGAAUUCUUAGAUUUUAAACUAUGAAAACUUAUGCUAUUUUUGUGGGGGGAAGAAGGGUGUGCCUAAGACUGGGCUGGGCUGGUACCAGCCUCUCUUUUUCCCUGUUUUUUUUUUUUUUUAAGGUUACUUUGCCUAGUGUCAAAUUCUGAAUUUCAAACAGCAAUUAUCCUUUUGCCUUUACUUAGCUUCUGCUAUAAGGAAAACAAUUCCAUUGUAUCUGCACUAUCGGUUUCAGAAGGGAUGUGUAUUCAAGAACAAUACUCAGUUCAUGAAUAAAAGCUUUUCUUUUCUUAACAGAAACAUCUUUCUCCAAUGUUGCACUUGUUGAACAAGGCAGCUAUAGAAAAACAAUCCCCAUUUUCACUUAGCCUUCAGUAACUUUCUGAAGGACAUUUGAUUUAUAGUGGUGAUUUGAUUCUGUAGCUCCCUCAGCAGACGUCUUUUUGUCAAUGCUUACUGUAGCCUGAAACUGUUUUAUUUAUAACAAUGUUUUCAUGUAUUGUCUUUCCUGUGUGCGCGUGAUACGUAAACAUCCCAGCCGGUACAGCUGUUGUUACCUAAAUUAAGCCAAUGGAACUCAGCAUGUCUGACUUCCUUUAUGUUUAAGUUGGUUCUUCCAAGCUUUUUGCCACUGUGAUGUUCCUCAAAAACCUGACUCUCAUUGCACAUUGAAACCAGCACUCCUAUAGAGGUUAAUGUCCAGCACAGUGGUGGUUAUACAGUUGGUACUGUUUCUACCACACAUAUCCAGAUAUUUUGGCUUAAGCAUUCAAAUGCUAAAGCAUGAACUGUAUGACUUCUUGAACCUGUAGCAGAAGAGUCAGUAGCUCGGGUUUCUUUUCUAAGCAAUAUUGUGAUACAAGUCAAAAUCUUUGUGUGUGCGCGCAUGUGUGUGAUAUUUGCCAGUGAACAAAAUAAUGUCUUGGAUGUUGUGACUCAGAGAUUCAUACUCUUAAUUUUUUUACCAUGACUUUGUCAAGUUCUAAACAUCACACAGAAUGAGACCAUAGACUAAGAUGUAGAAUUAUGAACUGUAUUUCCAGAGAUAGGAGGGUCACACUUUGAACAUCCCACCCCAUUGUGUAAUAGACCAAACACACUGGGGAAAAGGUUUGGAUGAUCAGUACAUGCAUGUGUUUUAACAUACAGAAUAAUUCAAAAGUAUGGCCAUCAUACAAACCUUCAAUCUAAAGUAUUACAGUCCACAGUUCUUAACUCAGUCUAGAAUGCCAUAAAUUCUAACUUGGGAGUAUGUAUUAAGUGGCCAUGAAAUAAAUGGCAUGAGGGAGGGAGGAGAGUCACAAAGUCAUGCUAAAAACACUUGAAAGUCCAAUAUUCAUUGCACUGCCCCAGAGGAUAUUCAACAUUAGGAAGGCCCAACUUUUUGGUAUUGAUGUGUUUAGCACCUUUGCAUGAAUGAAAAAUUGCCCGAAUGAUUCUUUUAGAUUAGACCAAUAUGAAGUGAAAUUGCAAUUAAACUUAGUUAAGAAUGCCUCUCUAAUGAGGGCUUGAAUGUUAAUGCAUCUAAUUAUAAUUGUUUAAAUGAAGUCACCAUUAUAGCACCUUUUUAUAUAAUGUAAUACAGGGAUAUAUAAUGUAGUACAGGGAUAUGUGUGUGUGUGUAUAUAUAUAUAUGCAGCUUAACUAUUGCUGUGCAGAAUGUGAGAUGUACUGUUUCUGAGCAGACUUUCACAGUGCAGGAUUAGAUCCUAACUUUUCCCAAGGCAAGUUUAGAAAUGGUUUUCUGGGAUGCUUAAUUCUCCACCUGAAGUGAAAGAGGCUGCAAAAUGUUUCACCUGCCUACUAAUGUUGUAUGAAAUACCAAGAACACAAAUGACUUGUAUUAUUACAAUAUGUUCUAGCUUGAAAUAAUUGCAAAUUUAACCUUUUCCAGCUGAAGCAGGUAUUACUGUUUUCAAACAAAAAUGGUGGACUAGAAGGAUGGUCCCAUUCCUGCUUAGGUCUAUUAGGACUAUAAGACUGAGAGAACUGAACUAUGACAUAUGUAAAUUUUGUCUAUGGAAAAUGUAUUAUUUCAAAUUAAAAAUAUUCACUGAUUAUUCAAAGGGGCAGAUAACACAUUUAGGGUAUAACUUUCAGUCAAGUAUCUUAAUUGCUUUCAAUGCAUAAGGGCAGUAAUAUCUGUGUACCCUCUUCAGUUAGAUGGAUUUUCAGUUCUUCAUGGUAGGGAUAAAAAGGCAUUUUUAGGAUGAAGAAUCUAAACUUCAAGCAAGAAUUCUGACUCUUCUCCCCCCUUAUCAUUGAACAACUGUACCUGCAGAUUUGGGGUGGCCCAUGUAUCGACAAAAGAGGGCUUCUUAUGGUCCUUUAUGAUAUGCAGGAUAUAUUUUUAUUAUUAUCAAGGACAUUCAGCAUCCAGUAUAAUCCUAACCCAAGAUACCAAUUGCUUCAGGAAAUCUGAAGAUAAGGAACCGAGUUUCACUGACAUCUUUAACUCUACAAAUUGACUUGUAUGUUGAAUACUUACUCCUGUGACAUAACCUGUACAGAUAUGGCAACUGUUGAAUACUAUAGUGAAAUAUAGAGGGUGUGGCAUCUCGUUUGCUUUUUCUUAAUUUUUGGUUUCUUUUCUCAGUCCACUAGCCUCAUUGUAUUCCUUGUCUGUUCAGAAGCUGCCACUGUGUGGUAAAAUCUAUUAUUACAACUAAACCUAGAUCCAGCAUAAAAUCCCAGAAUGCUUUCUUUAGAGAUACAAUAAUCUUUGAGGUUUAAAUUAUGUAAGCUUAUGUAAAUAAUGGUGCUUGUCUAUUUUCUGCCCAAGAAAUCACUCUGAUUUGGAGUUUGUAUAUUUCAUGUUAAUAGUAUAUUUGUGUUGUCUUCAAUUUAAGUUUGUAUACUGUCAACUUAUGUUCUUCCAAUGAAAUGAAUGAAUUUGUUAAUAAGGUGCUGUGUAAUUGAAUGUUUUGAUACCUAUUUUAUAACCAAGCACAUCUGAAGAUAUUUCAGGUUUGUGUCAUAAAUACUCAUUUCAAAACGC